GAAUUUCAGGAAAGCCUUCUUGGAUGCAAGAUAAAGGCGGGGUGUAAAGUGAAAACAAAAGUAGCUGGAGUUAGGUCAUUUGAUUUUACACCCUGUACUCAAGACUGCUUCUCUCUGCGGACUGCAACAGAUUGGAACCAUGUCUUUGGAACAGAACCAGUCAACAGAUUAUUAUUAUGAGGAAAAUGAAAUCAAUGGCACUCAUGACUACAGUCAAUAUGAAUUGAUCUGUAUCAAAGAAGACGUCAGAAAAUUUGCAAAAGUUUUCCUCCCUGUAUUCCACACAAUAGCUUUCAUCAUUGGACUUGCAGGCAAUUCCAUGGUAGUGGCAAUUUAUGCCUAUUACAAGAAACAGAGAACCAAAACAGAUGUGUAUAUACUGAAUUUGGCUGUGGCAGAUUUGCUCCUUCUAUUCACUCUGCCUUUUUGGGCUGUUAAUGCAGUUCAUGGGUGGGUUUUAGGGGAAAUAAUGUGCAAAAUAACUUCAGCAUUGUACACAGUAAACUUUGUCUCUGGAAUGCAGUUUCUGGCUUGUAUCAGCAUGGACAGAUAUGUGGCAGUAACUAAAAGCCCCAGACAAUCAGGAGUGGGAAAAGCAUGCUGGGUGAUCUGUUUCUGUGUCUGGAUGGCUGCCAUCUUGCUGAGUAUACCCCAGCUGGUUUUUUAUACAGUAAAUGACAAUGCUAGGUGCAUUCCCACUUUUCCCCACUACCUAGGAACAUCAAUGAAAGCAUCAAUUCAAAUGCUAGAAAUCUGCGUCGGAUUUGUAGUACCCUUUCUUAUCAUGGGGGUGUGCUACUUUAUCACAGCAAGGACACUCAUGAAGAUGCCAAACAUUAAAAUCUCUCAGCCCCUCAAAGUUCUGCUCACAGUGGUUAUAGUUUUCAUUGUCACUCAGCUGCCUUAUAACAUUGUCAAGUUCUGCCGAGCCAUAGACAUCAUCUACUCCCUGAUCACCAACUGCAACAUGAGCAAACGCCUGGACAUUGCCAUCCAAAUCACAGAAAGCAUUGCACUCUUUCACAGCUGCCUCAACCCAAUCCUUUAUGUUUUUAUGGGAGCAUCUUUCAAAAACUACAUUAUGAAAGUUGCCAAGAAGUAUGGGUCCUGGAGAAGACAGAGACAAAGUGUGGAGGAAUUUCCUUUUGAUUCUGAGCAUCCUACAGAGCCAACCAGUACCUUUAGCAUUUGAAGGUAAAACUGCUCUGCCUUUUGCUUGGAUACAUAGGAAUGAUGCUUCCCCCUCAAAUAAAACAUCUGCAUUAUUCUGAAACUCAAAUCUCAAAUGUCAUGGUUGCAACUUACAAUAAAGAAUGAGUCAGGGGAAGGGGGAGAAUAAAAGCCAAGAAGAGGAAACAAGAUAAUAAAUGUACAAAAUAUGAAAAUUAAAAUAAACAAUAUAGGAAAAUAGCAGUAUUGGGCAUAAGUGAAUAAAAACAAUCUGCUGUAAAGAAGAAGAGUUUCGUGGUGAUAGAAUAGUUUUGUAUGUUGGCUGCAGUGGUGGUUAUACAAAUCUACACAAGUGAUAAAAUGACACAGAACUGUACAUAUACAUUGUACCAAUUUUAAUUUUCUGGUUUUGACAAUGGGGGAAACUGGAUGAAGGGUACCCAGGAACACUCUGUACCAUCUUUGUAACUUCCUGUGAAUUUAUAAUAAUUUCAAAAUAAAAGAAGUUAAACAAACAAACAAACCUACUAUGCUAUAAGUUAGGCCAUCUAAAACAGAUUAUUAAAGAGGUUCAUGUUAAAAGGCAUUUAUAAUUAUUUUUAAUUAUCUAAGUUUGAAUAUAAGAACUAUUUCCCUGCAUAAUUGUAGUACUUGAAUAACUAUGCAGCAGAACUCUAUCUUUUCUUUUCCUGUUUUGUUGGUUUUAAGUAAUUUUAUAAAAUCCACCUCCUCCAAAACAACAACAGCUAAAA